AUGGUGAUAAAAAUCUUACUGUCAGUUCUCGUCAUGCUGUUAGGCGACGACGCCGCGGCCGUGUCCGUCCCGGAGGUCGGCGGGAAGUCCGUCCGGUGUGGGGGCGACCUGCAGAGUUGCGGUCGAGGGUGGGAUGCUGUAAGAAUGCAGAUGCAACACGAGAAAGAAAAUGAAAUGCGGAGGAGUUUGGACCCGGAGCACUUCAAAAGAGAGGCGUCCCCGACCACGAGCAGAACGAGCCUCUCCGCUCCUGUGGAGCUCCACCCGCCUGCUGCUAAACCCCUCCACCUGCUGACCAGCAUGCUCCUACGCUCUGGGAGGGAAAGCGAUCCUGGUGAUUACAAAUCACUUCCCAACAAGCCCCAGAGGUUUGGAAGGUCCUGGGAGGGGAUCCACAAAUGUGCCGAAUGCGUCAGAGGGCUUCAGAACACAGAAGCACCCCAAGGACAGAGGAUAAACAUUCUGUGCUGGAGGCUUCUUCAAACGUUAGCCAGAGCCAAGUUGUAGAACCUGGGCUUGCGUUGGUUUGAGGAUUAUAACUUCGGCUCGGAAGAAAUUGAGGCAGAAAUAAAGAAACUCUAAGGAAUGAUAUAAAUCUAUUCAGGGUUUAAGUGUCAGUGGAAAUAUAAAUUGAGUAGCAGGCUGU